AUGAAAGACGACGAUUUGAUUGGUUUAAUUAUUUGGUGUAUUUUACUUGUCUUCAUUGCUGUUUGUUUCCUCUGCGUCGUUUUCAAUAGUUCGAAAAAGCGAAAGGGUGCGGUUAUCCGUGAGGGAGCACCAAAACAAAUUACGCCGCCAAGAUCGAGACAGCCUGCUCUUUUGCCUUCCGCUCCACCACAACUUCAACGACAACCAGUUACUCCUCCACCAAUGUACAAUCCUGGCCUUGCUCGUACACAAAGUUCACCAUCGUCAAUAACACCGCCGAUCGUCUUUGUGCCAGUACAUCCAGCACCGGCUGCUUUACUUCCUCCUCCACUACCUAAUAAUGUGCCACCUCCUAAAGAACCUUCAAUUCGUAAGCCUUCUCCUGUGCAAGCACCACCUCAAGUAAAAUCUAAAGCUGUAAAGACGGCAAUAAUCGCUCAAGAAAAGGAUUCUCCAACUACACCACCAAGUUCUACACCAAUUGUACCACCAGAUUCUAUAGUUAUUCAUCCGCUUCCACCUUUGGGCGGAAAGGGUCGUCUCAAUAAAAAAAAGAAAAAGAAGAAGAGGGACACAACAAGUUCCAGUAGUAGCUCCGAUUCUACUUUUGAGACCGAAACAGAAGGAACACAAGAUGAUGAUGGUGGAAUCCUCUUAACAGGUCCAAUGAAGAAGGGAAAGAAACGCCGUAAGAAGCACAAACGCAAGAAGCGCCACUCAAAAAAGAGGAAGAGAUAAAAGAGUUGAAGCAAUGAAGGGCAAUGUUGAUAUGAAUAUAAGAUGAUAGGAAACGAUAUUUGUAGUAAUUGGAAUAAUGUUAAUGUAGUAUAUAUAUUGUUAAUUAUUGUUAAUUGUAAUUGUAAAGUAAUUUGU